UUAAUAAUUUAUGUAAAAAUAUUUUUCAUUUAUAUAUUUUUACUCAUAACUUGAUUCACGUAUUAUGCAAAUAAAACAUGUAGCUGAUAACCCUACUUAAUCAAUGGGAUAUCUUUAUUAAUUACAAAGUACAUUAGUUCUGCAAAAAAAAACAAAAGAAAAUAAUGGGAAAAAACAAGAAAUUACAAAAGAAACAAAUGAACAAAAAUGUGUUUAAAGUAGCAACAGUUCGUAGUGUUAAAUUAAAGGCAAAAGCGCAAAAAGUGAUGAUUAAUUUAAAAAAAUUGGACUUGAAAAAAAAUAAAACAAUUAAGAAAAAUACAGAUAAAACAGUGCAAAUUGAUCAACAGUUUCAAGAAUUACGAAGAGAAGUAAAUAAAUCUAAAUUAAAAAUAAAAACUGAUGCAAAACAAAACAAAAAAAAGAAGAUGGAAAAUAUAGCACUAGUACAAACUGAUAUAACAACUUCUUUAGUUGACAAAAUGCAAAUUUGAUCAAUAUUUUUAGUUUAGUGUUUGAAACUUAAAAUAAUUAUUUUGUAUUUAGUUAACAAUAUAAUAUUCAUUUAUUUUAUACAAUAUAUUAAAAAUAUUGUAAAUAUUAUAUUAUGAAAACCAUUCAUGAUGGAAACUGUCUAUACUGCUGGUUUAAUUGUAAUAGGAGAUGAAAUUCUACGUGGACAAAUUAUAGAUACAAAUACAUCAUACUUGGCAAAAAAAUUACAAGCUUCUGGUAUUAAACUUCGGAAAGUAACAGUGAUUCUUGAUAUUGUGGAUGAAAUUGCAAAAACUGUACUUGAUUUCUCCAAAGAAUAUUCUAUUGUAUUUACAUCUGGUGGUGUUGGACCUACACAUGAUGAUGUAACAUAUGAAGCUAUAGCUAAAGGUUUGGGAUUAAAACUUGAACAACAUGAAGAAUUAGUUGAUAUCUACUUAAAUCUUUUUCCUAAUCACAAAAAAGAAAUUCAACAUCUUACUAUUGUGCCAAGACCUUGUGAACUUAUUUAUGUAUAUUCACCAAAAAAAUAUGCGAUAGUAAAAGUAAAAAAUAUAUACAUAUUACCAGGCUCACCAAAAUAUUUUGAGCUUUCUAUUGAUACAAUUAUACCUCAACUAAAAGGAAAUAUUCCUUUAUAUUUUGAACAAAUAGAUGUUAAUUUAAAUGAGUUAUCAAUAGUACAAAUUUUAAAUGAACAUGUUAAGCUUUGGAAAGAUAAAAUUAAUAUUGGUAGUUAUCCACAAAUAAUACCAGAGUGUUCUUUUACAAGAAUUACAUUAGAAGGAAAAAAAGAGGAUGUUUUGGAAGCAAAAGCAAAAUUUUUAUAUUCUUUACCAAUUCAAAAAAUUCGAAAUUUAAAAGAUGGAUUUAGUUAUUAUCAAGCAGAAACAGUUCUUAAAGAUGCUGAAAAUGAAAUACAUAUAAAAUAUGCAGUAGAUAUUUUGCAACAAUGUUAUAAAAUGUAUAAACCAGAAGAAAUUUUUAUUAGUUUUAAUGGUGGGAAAGAUUGCACAGUAGUUUUACAUUUAGCUGCCUGUAUUACAAAAUUACAAAAUAUCUCUUCAUUAUUAUGCUUAUAUGUAGUAGCGGAACCAUUUCCAGAAGUGGAUUCGUUUGUGGAAAAAGCUGUUCAAUACUACGAUUUAGAACUAAUAAAAAAAAAUUGUCCUAUGAGAUUAGCAUUAUAUUCAUUAUUAAAUGAAAGGACAAAUAUAAAAGCAAGUCUUAUGGGAAUGAGAAAAGGUGAUCCUGGUUCAGAAAAUUUAGAAGCCUUUACUCCAACUGAUCCAAAUUGGCCAAACUUAAUUCGUGUAAAUCCUAUUUUAAAUUGGUCAUAUGAUCAAGUAUGGAAAUUUUUAUUGAAACAUAAUGUACCUUAUUGUCCAUUAUAUGAUAAAGGAUAUACAAGUUUAGGAACAAAAUCAACAACGAUACCGAAUCCACGAUUACAGGAUCCUAAUAAUUCAUCACUAUAUUUUCCUGCAUAUACUUUAACUGAUAAAUCUACAGAGAGACAAGGCAGAAUAUAGCUAUUAAAAACAAGUAAAAGUAUUAUAUAUAUAUAUAUAUAUAUAUGUAUAUGUAUAUAAUAUUAUAUAUAAUAUUAUAUAUAUAUUAUGCACAUUUUAUGCAGAUUGAAAACUUUUGCAAACUAUUGCAAAAAAAUACAAAGAAUAUUUUAUUUUCUUUACUUUUUAUUUUAAUAUAAAAUGUUUUUUUUUAUUAAAAUUAUAGAAUUAUUAUAGAAUUUAUAGAAUUUAUAGAAUUGUUAUCGAAUUAUUAUAAAAUUAAUAUGUUCAUGGAAUAUUUUUAGAGAAUCGAUUAUUACAGAAAGAAUACAAUAAAGAUAAAAAUUGAUAUUAAAAUAUUAUUAUUAAAUAGCAAUUUAAAUUUGUGUUUCUUUUUUUGUGUUAAAUGAAAACAAAAUGUAGACAGAAUCUUAUUUUAUUUGCAUCUUUUUUCAUUUAAUGCAAAUUUCAAUUACUUAUAAUUUAAUAAUAAAUCAUAACUUAUAUUUUUGUAUAUUAAUUUUUGUGUUUGUUUGGUCCUUAGAAUUGAUUUUUUAAAGAUAUUUCAUGAAUAUAUUAAUAUUUUAUAUAGAAUAUAUAAUAUAUAUCUUUUUAAAAAUAUUUCUUUAAUUUUAAAUUAUAUAUUUAAUAUUUCUAAUUAUUUAACUGAUUAAUACAAGAAAAUGUUUUUAUGAAAAUAUUAAUAUUAAUAAAAACUAUAAGUAAAUUAAUUUAAAAAUUUAUUUGACAAUAACUUUUAUAUUUCUGAUAAAAAUAUAUUUAAAUAUAUAUUAUAUAAGCAAUAUAUAAAUCUAGAGAAUAAUGGAAAUAAUUUUUAAUUAUAAAACUUUAAUUAUAAAUAAAUAUAUUAUAUCUAAAUAAA